CGUCUUUAUAAUGUGUUUAAUAUAAGCAACUAGACCCAUUGGAAGCGAGAGCGCAGAAUAUUUGAUGCUUGCACACAUCCCGCGUUUUCGUCUAAUCAUUUCUGUUCGUGCUCAUUUUUCUCGCGUCAGCUUUUCCGACUCAAAACUUCUAGCCGUUCUAACAUUGCUAAAAAAAGAAGGUUCAUGUGAAGGUACUAUGAAAGGAUUUCGUCCAUUAUCAUUAAUGAACAUAGACUAUAAAAUUCUAUCCAGAGUUCUUAGUUUAAGGCUUCGGAGAGUUAUUUGUAAUUUAACAAUGUUAAGAUGGCGUUGAGAAAUUUCGGUUGGAAAUGUCCUUUCUCCAUCGUUACGUUUACCAUCUUCACAUAGUGUUCGCCAAUAAAAGGGAAAAUCACUUUCCAUACGUCGACUGUGAUUCCAUCUUCACCGGGUGAUUUUCUGAGCGGCAUACUCUUGAGUGCUUCAUAACACUCAACGAUUGUUAUAUCUCUAUCUAAACUCUACUGUUCUUGAUCACUAAUUGUAGGUAGGCCAUCGAAAAGUUCACUCCAUACGUGAUUGUCUAUAGGUUUCCGACUAUAUAACUCUUGAUAGAAAGAAGUAGCGACGUCCAACAUUUCGGAUUCAGUAGUGACUCGACCUUUUGUAGGGUGAAGUAGGAAGGAAGUUUGUGAUUUAUUUGACCUAACAUUGGCUAAAGUGGAUACCCAGAGACGUAGUGCUAUAUAAUUAAUAUACUUUUAUAUCUAAUGUAAAUAACUAUAUGAAAAAUUACAAAAUUUUAAAUAAAACCAAAUUCGGAAACUCUGUUGUGGUUUUGCAGAACUUGUAUUAUAUUUAUCGCAUCUUAUAGAGGAAACAAUUCUGCCCAAGUCUGACAUACUUUCAAACCUUCCGAAUGUGUGAUUAGUGCGGCUUAAAUUCUGUAGCCUAAUAUUAUGUUUUAGUUCAUAUGAUAUUUCGACCUUACACCAGUCAUUUUCAGGCACAACUAGCAGUAAAAGCUUUCACAUAAUAUGUACAUAGAAAAUAUAAGCUGUAAUGAUUGAAUUAAUACAGUGCCAUUUCAAGAAAAAAUUUUCUUUCUACUUAUCUGGUUUUUUUCUGGCUUGUGCAUAGAUUUAACAGAAUGAUAAUUUUCUUAUCUAUCUUAUAUAGUUUUUCUCCUUUCCGUCUGCAGCACAGAAAAGAGCAAAAAACACGUACAAUGUAAAUGCAGUCCAAACGUUACCUAUUUCCUACUUUUUCAAUCUAAAAAAUUUCAUAUUUUACCGGUUUAUAUCUUCAUUUUGAACUUUUCUAAAGCAGAAUUAAAUUAUUGAAGUAAUUGAAGUACAUUUAGAGAGUAGCUAUAGAACAGUUUUAAGUCAGUGUCAAAGAGUCGCUAUUUCCUCUUAUUCUAUUGAUAGUCAUGUAACGUAGGCUUCGUUUAUUACACGGUUUUAUUAGAAAACAUGAGACAGAAGUUCUAAAAAGGCUGAAUUCGUCGUCCGUUGAUGAAGACUGAUUGGGGUAAACAUGGUACAGAAAUAUAAAGGACGGAAAGAAAAUACGGCCGGCGUCUUUUCCUUACACUAUAAAACACUUAUUCACUUCAUAUUUGUUAUCUUUAGACUGCUCACUUCCGUUUUCAUCAUUAAUGGAAAUAUCGGCAUUAGAAUCAAGUCUACCAAAUGAAUUGUAUGACUUUAUUUUUCUCUAUUUAAAAUCUAUUGAUAUUAUUUAUUCAUUUUUCAAUUUAAAUCAUCACUUUAAUAAUCUUAUUUAUCCAUUUUUAUGCGCAAUAGACUUAUCCAAUGUCGAUGAAUGUACGUUGAAGAAGUAUUGUAGAACAAUUUUACCAAAAAUUCAUCAUCAUAUCAAAGCAAUUAGAGUUGAUGAUAAGAACAUUAACGCUGUUUUUCCAUUAUUUUUAUAUUCUAAAAUAUAUCCGAAUCUUGAAUCAGUUUUUAUAACGGAAGCUAAAACGGAUGGCAAACAUUUAUUAUAUUUAAAAUUGUUUAAACAAUUAUUAAAUUUAAAAAUUUAUUUUGGUACAGAACAACAUGAUGAAAGUGUAUUAAUUGAAUCAUGUUCAAAUCUAUUUCAAACUGGUUGUGGAUUACAAACAUUAGUUUUUGAGAAUGUUUAUGUACCCAUCAAUACUCAUAUCAUUGAACGAUGUUUUUCUAUUAGAAAAUUAACAAUAAAAGUACAUUGUUGCGAUAAUGUAUAUGUUCUAUUAAACAACUUACCUUCAAUCGAAUCUGUAACUAUUGACAUACCCUAUAUUCGAGAACAAGAGCAGCAGCCAGAACAAGAACAAAAUGGCGUCCAAUUUAAUAAUAAUAAUAAAAGUGUUCCUUCAACAUUAUCAAAAUUAAGAUAUUUUGUAUUCUCUUCCAUGUCUGUUGUUAAUUAUGAUUAUUUAGAACUGUUAUUAUCUCACUGUUGCUUUAAUCUGGAACACUUAUCAUUGGUUUUAUGUAUUGAUCAAUUUAUUGAUGGUGAACGUUUCGAAAAGAAGUUAUUAUCAAAACUAACAAAAUUGGAAGUAUUUCAUUUUUGUUUUCUGAUUCCAGUUGUCGAUAACAAAUUAAACAUAGACGAUUAUAUCCAAACAUUCAAAUCGAGUUAUUGGAUUAAUAAUAAUCAUUCGAUCUUAUGUUUUAAUCAAUCGCUGCUCAAUCAGUAUUAUUGUGUAUUUUCAUUACCCUAUGUGUUCCAUACGUUCCCUUGUUUUUCAAAUGAUCUAAUUAAUUAUCGAACAAAUGUCAAUGAUGACAGUUUGUUAUACAGUAAACAAAACAGAGCGAUACAAAUUUCUUUAUAUGAUACUGUUCCGUAUACUUCAGAAUUAUUCCAGAUUAUCCAAAAAUCAUUUUUAAGAGCAAGUGAACUAAUUUUUGUGAACGCUCCUGUUCGUUGUUUAAGUGAUAAUUUACUGAAUAAUGAAUUGAUGAUGGAAAACAUUGUCUCAGUGACCUUUCUAUUCGACCAAUUAGAAUUUGAACAUUUCAGACUGCUAUUAUUAAUGACACCAAACAUUCUAAGGUUACGCAUACCACAGAGGGUAGUGUUGGAUGUAUUGAGAAAUUCAAAAGACUCUUCUUUUCAACAAUUACGAUCAAUAUGUAAUCGGAUAAGAUAUGUCGGUAUUGGGAGUCGUUCACUUGGAUUCGAUGCUUUAAUGUAUUUUCGUAUAGCACGGUUAUUUCCAAAGGCUAAGUUUUCAGGAUUGAGAUAA